UGAACUCCUGAACUUGCCCUCACACACAAACCAGAUCGGACUCAAUACUCAACAGGGCAGCUUCGAGGAAAUGUCAUCGUCGAGGAGAAAGAGCAAGGACCCUGCAGACUGCGAGGACCCAGCCUGCACAGACAUGGCGGAUCUUCUCCGAAAGGGGAGGGCUCUUGCCGCAAAGAACAAGGAGAAGGCGGCGACGAGUACCGCUACUGAUGGUAAGGCCGCGGGUGGUCGAGCACAACCGAGUUCUUCUGCGGCGGAAAUGGAAGAGCAUGCUGCAAGUUCUUCCAGAAACGAUGGAUGUCCGCUUGACAAGGGCGAGCUGGGAGCCGCCACCUGGGGGUUGAUACACACAACCGCGGCACACUACCCAGAAAAGCCUUCGAAGGAGACACAAGACCAGGCAAGGGCUCUCGUGACCGGCCUGGCUGGCUUGUACCCUUGCACCUACUGCCGGAAAGACUUUCGGGAAGAAGUCCGCAAGCUGCCGCCAGAUGUGAGUUCCCGCGUAGCGCUAUCGCUGUGGGCGUGUCAGCAGCACAACCUGGUGAACGAAAAGAUCGGAAAGCCGACCUUCCGCUGUACGCUGCCCGCCCUCGACGAGAGAUGGAAGCAGGGAAAACCAUCAUGUUGGGAGGGGGGCGCUAAAGACGUUUGAUUGGCCGGUGGAAUGACCGAGAUGGAGCGCUUAUGUGUGGAUACCGUUGAGUUUGGAUGGUUCGGUUCACCCGAAGCAACCUUGGAGCCUGGUAGAACAGUGAUGGCGCUCUAGACGGGGAGACUUGACCACAUCUAGUAUCUAGCAGAGUUGGCCACCGUUCAUACAUGCCUAAACGAAUAGAGGGACACGAAAAACCAAAGCUCCUCUCGGGAACGAUUUCUCAGUUCGCGCUUGGGUGCUUAGUGCACGGUAAUAUUUGGAUGGUAACCGCCCAGCACGGUGACUCCCGUACGGGAACUAGCCACCACGGGAAUGCACGGGAACGCUUGGGUAAUAACUUGGCACCACGGUAAUGUCGCGGUAACGGGCCACCACGACAAUCCACCACGCACGGUAGUAGUGCACGGUAACGUGGGAUGGAAAAAUGCAACAAAGCGAUGCACUG